GAUGCCAUAAAGUUCGGUUCGCGCUUUUCGUUUUCUCUGGCGCCGCAUUUAAAGUCCCGUUACGUGAAUGCACCAAAUUUGCCUGCAGUGCUGCCAAAAAAAAAAAUAAAUAAAAAAGAGAGGAAAAAGUCAUAAAUACGGCAACAAGAUCUCUCGGUUUGUGCUUUGCGCAACAUUUUUGUGGCAGGCGUGAAAUAAGAAAUACUCACAAAAAAAAACGGAUCCAAUACACGAAGCAAUCAAUCAGGCCAUCAAUCAGUUCGUGGGGCUUGUCGCUAACUGGGGCUGGAGCUGGAAUUGGAGUGGGAGCUGCUCUCCCUGCCAUUGGCGUCAUCUGCGGGAGAAAGCCAGCGCCGUCGCUGCGUCUGCCACAUAAUUCAAUCAAGCGCAACGCGAACAGCAGACAAGCAGACAAGCAGCAAUAACCAAUAACCAAUAACUAAUAACCAUUACGGACCAGCCACCGACGCCUGGAGAGCCAGCGAAACAAACAGCACCGAUCAGAGGUGACUCGAACCGAAAUUGAAACUCCAACUGAAGCCGAGAGCUGGGAACUGGAAGCUGAAAGCUGGAAGUGGGAGCUGGAGCUGGAGGAGUGGAAGCUUAUCGAGGCGACACUGUCUGCAUUGGUUUAGUCAGUCAGUGAGUCAGACACUUGAACCUAUAGUCAUAGUCAUAGUUAUAGUCACGACUGGACCAACAACCAACAACCAACCAACAACACUACAUGCAGACCAUCACCAUUGCCAUAGACAUCGACAUCGACUGUAGUCAGCGUCAGCUGAAGUCUCAGUCUUCAGUGUCUUCGUGUGGUGGUUGCUGUUGCUGCUGCUGCUGCUGUCCGGCAGGUUCACAAAUAAGUGAAAGUGAAUUUGUUUAUUGUAUAUUUCGCUAUUACUAAAGCGAAAGAGACGAGACGCAUAACACCAUUGAGACAACACAACACAACAGAAACCUGUGCGAGCGAAUGUUAACUGCAACUACAACAACAUCAUCAUCAACAUCAACAGCAGCAUCAUCCAGAAAGCGGAGCAAUGCUCACUAGAUCAGAGCAAUUCCAUUGAGAGACAAGAUCAAGAUCAAGAUCGUGUCACCGUGUACGUGUCGACUUGGAAAUUCGAUCAAUGAGAGCGUUGUAGAACAGCAACUAACUAAUACAACAGCAGCAACGGGAAACAAUCGCGACAAUCAGCGGAGGAAUGUGCUAUCAGCUGCUGCUGCUGCUGCUAGCGGCAUCGCUGUGCCUGUGCCUGUGCCACACGGGAAAUGCGAUCGCCCAGGAAGUGAGUGAUGUGGCCACGCCCACACGUGCAGCGUAUGGCAACUUUACGGAGCUAUCGCGAGCCGUGCGGGACUCGCUGUUGGAGCACGAGGAGCGCCAGCGAUAUGGACACCGCUCGAAACGGGCGGUUAAGCGAGUGUGCUACGGGGAGCUCGGAUGCUUCGAGGACUCCGGCCCGUUCGCCUACCUGGAGAUGCUGCCCUCGCCGCCGGAGGAGAUCAACACCAAGUUCUACUUCUACUCGACGCGCCAGCGCUCGGAUCGGCCGCUGAUGGAGCUGUCCUUCCUCAACAUGACCACCGCCUUCCGCGGCAAGGCCAAGCGCGAGUCGGAAACGCAGAGCGACCAGAACGACCACUCCAGCACGCUCCCUCCAGCUGCUCCCGAGAGCGGCAGAUCCUCCAGUUCCAGUGCUAGUUCCACCUCCAGUUCGAGUACAAAUGCAACCUUAGGCACAGAGAAGCUCAGUGGCGGUGGCGGGCAGAAGAAGCCAGCCCCCUCGAUCGAUGAUCUGGAAGGCUUCGACGAGCUAUCCGUUCGCGUCAUCGUUCACGGCUUCGGCUCGGCCUGUCCCCACGUUUGGAUCUACGAGAUGAAGACGGCUCUCAUGGCAGUGGAGGACUGCAUCGUGAUCUGCGUGGACUGGGAGAACGGGGCCACCUUCCCGAACUACGUGCGGGCGGCGGCCAACACGCGCCUCGUCGGCAAGCAGCUGGCCAUGCUGCUCCAGAAUCUGCAGCGGCACAAGGGCCUCAAUCUGAUGCGCACCCACCUCAUCGGCUUCAGUCUGGGCGCCCACGUGUCCGGUUUCGCCGGCGCCGAGCUGCCGGGUCUCUCGCGCAUCACGGGCCUGGAUCCGGCGGGUCCGCUGUUCGAGGCCCAGCACCCGAAGGUGCGGCUGGACAGCAACGAUGCGGAGUUUGUCGAUGUGAUCCACUCGAAUGGCGAGAACCUCAUACUCGGUGGACUCGGCUCGUGGCAGCCCAUGGGCCACGUCGACUAUUACCCCAACGGCGGACGUGUGCAGACGGGCUGCUCCAAUCUCUUUGUCGGCGCUGUCACUGACUUCAUUUGGUCGGCCCAGGCAGCCGAGGACGAGGAGGGACGAUCGCUAUGCAACCAUCGGCGCGCCUACAAGUUCUUCAUCGACUCGGUGGCGCCGCGCUGCAUGUUCCCCGCCUUCCCCUGCGGCAGCUACGACGACUUCCUCAAGGGCAAGUGCUUCCCCUGCGCCCAGGACGACGAGGAUCUCGCCGAGGGCGUGCCCCGGUGCGGCAACAUGGGCUACUACGCGGACCGCUCGACGGGCCGAGGCCAGCUCUACCUGCUCACCCGCGAGGAGGAGCCCUUCUGCGCCCACCAGUUCCAGCUGCAGAUCUUCAACUCGUUCAACGACCUGCCCCUGCGCACCAUCGGCCGCCUCGAGGCCAUUCUCGAGGGCGAUGGUGGCCUCAACGAGACCUUCGCCAUAUCCGAAAAGGACGAUGCGGAGUUCUUUGCCGGUGACAUCGUGUCCAAGAUUAUCGUGCCCCAUCCCGCCCUCGGCUUCCCCACCACGCUGAGCCUGCACUACAAGUCGUACAGCGGCUGGCUGAGCAAGGGCCUGCCCCACUGGGACAUCGACAAGGUGGUGCUCACCGACAGCUUCGGCCGCAGCCACUCCCUGUGCCGUCCGUCCACCAAGCUCAGCAGCGGCAGCCCCGUCCGCAUGCGCCUGCAGGCCGGAAACUGCGAGCUGGACAACCAGGAGGACUACGGCGCCUACACCACCCAGCCGCCGCCACAGCCACCAGGGCCACAGGCCACACUGGCUCCCGCGACCGGUUUCGCCUCUACGGAUGUGCCUGACUCCAGUGUGCAGGAGUCGGGCCUGAGCGCCGCCGCCGUCGACGGCGUGGAGAGCGCAAAGCAGCGCAAGGACAUCUUCAAUCUCGGCACCAGCUUCAAGCUGGCCCAGAACCAGACCUAUCCUCUGGACCAGGGCGACGAGCUGCCCUGGCAGCCCAUCCUGGUGGGCAACUCGCUGGACAACGAGACAGCCGAGGCGGCCGAGUCCAGUCGCAGUCUAUCGGACGCGGCGGCAGUUUUGGGGGCCGGUGGCCAGGACCGGGACCAGGACCAAGCGGGUGAGAUCUUCGAGCCCGUGCUCAAGGACAGGCGUCUGGCGGCCUUCAACCGGGGACGCAAUCUGCAGGACUACGGCACCACCACGGAGGAGAUCAUGGAGCCGGUGCUCAAGGCCACCACGCCGCGCGUCAAGCAGGGCAAGGAGUUGGACCUGCGCCAGCUCGAAGGGCCCACAGAGAUGCCGCCAUCCACACCCUCAGCCUCAGUCUCAGCCUCAGCUGCCUCUGUGGCUCCACCCAAAAUGAUGGCACAGCUAGGCACCGGCCACAGCGCCACAGCUGGCCAGGAUGAGCCGCAGACGGUGCAGCUGUUGCCCUUCCGCCUGGGCGAGCUGCUGCAGCGGGCCGAACGCUAUGCCCGCGAGACGCUCCUGCCCCUGAUCUCUGUGCAGGCGCCGCGCUUCUUCGGCUUCAAUGUGACGCCACACGACCGGGAGCUAGCCCGUCCGGCCAGCGACCAGCGCAAGCCGCGCUACAUUCCCCGCUACGAGGAGUCUGCCUUUCUCAACAACAACACCAGCACAAGCUCCAUCCCCACACCGCGCAAUGGCAAUGGCAAUGGCAAUGGCAAGACACGUGGCCAGAAGGCGGCGCGCCGCUCAGCGGUCCAGCAGCGCAAUCUCUUUCGGCUGAUGCGCGCCCGCUCCGCCCAGAGGCGCGACGAGGAGCAGCAGGAGCAGGAGCAGGAGCAAGCGGAGCGGCAGCGGCAGCGGAAGGUGCAGGAGAACGAGGUCACCUACUACACCAAUGUGCUGCACUCGGAGUCGCGGUCCAUGCGCCCGGAGGUGCCCGAGUAUCGGCCUGUGUUCGUUGACCUGCCCACCUAUCGACCACCUCUAUCAGGAGCAGCAGCAGCUGGAGGAGGUGCCGCCGGAGGUGCAGACUCAGCUUCAGCCUCAGCCUCAGUUUCGGUGUCUGGAUCGGCAUCGAAGACCAGGGAGAGGGGGGCCCGGCGUCGAGGCAGAGCCUCCUCAUUGGCACUCCACUGAGCGCUCCCGGCGUCUGCUAUCCAGGAAGAACACUUUGUGAUAUGAGAAUCUGGCAGCGCCAUUCACCCCGGAUCGUGGCUGGGGCAGAUCCCCCGCAAAGCUACCCAUCCCCAAUCCCCAUCUCCAAUCCCAUCCGCAUCCCCCCAACCGCCUUCUCAUCCCACCAUUUAUAUGCCCCACAUUCCCCCUGCCGAUUGGCGGCGCACCAAAACUUUCAGCACUGUAAAUAUAUCCCCCGACAUCGUGGCCGGAAUCGACAGAUUCAUGAAAUCGGUAGACUUAGUGUAUAAGUUUAUAAUGUGAGAGAUUUACGAAUAAGAAUUAACACUACAGUCGAGUGUCUCGACUCUAAGAUACAUCCACU